AUGGCUGACGAGGAACCUCAAGAGAGUGAAAAGCAUGAAGAGGAGGAUCAAGCAACUGGACUUCUUUACUUGCUCCACCGCAAUGAGAGCAGCUUCCGCUUCGCUCAAGACAUGCCAGGCAUCGUGCUUGUAGGCUUACUAGACUCCUUGGAGAAAAGAGAACAGAGUGCGAAAGUAGAGCGAGUUGCUGCUCUUACAAUACAAAGCAGUGCAAGAAGAAUGAUGUGUGGAAUCGUGCAUGGAACCGAUCGGAAGGCGGCUAUCACUCUAGAGCGACUUUAUCGAGGACACCUCGGUCGGUUGGCGUUCGAAGUGAAACAAGAAGAAAGGGACGCACAGACUCGACGAGCCUUCUGGGAUUGUAAUGCCACGCUAGUGCAGAAGCUGUGGAGAGGAUUUCACAGCAGAAAGCAUGCACACAACUUCUAUCUGCGGAAAGCUUACCUGACGUCGGUGAUGACUCGAGGACUAGAAGUUCGCUCGGAACUUGAAGCGCAUUAUCGGAGUAUGAGUGAGUUAGAGGAAAGCAAGAUGGAGCAUGAGAAGAUUGAGAGAUUUGAGAAUGUGAUUGGGUCGCUGCAUCACAUGUUGAGCACGGCAUCUUGUAGUGGUGUUUACAACUCCCCCUACAACUUGUCAAACCCGCAAACGGCGUUCGGGUUGCCGAUCGAGUCUCACCUGAGAAACGUGGCGAAGGGAACUCUGCGAGAAACAAUCCUGCGGUUGGGUAGCGGCAAGACAGAAAAAUGGAGCGAGGGGAAAGUGAAUCGGACAGAUGGAACUGCCCAAGUUCUGCACGUCUCCACAGCCGGAGGACAGCUUUACGCUUACUCUACCAAACCCAUGAAAAUAUCUCGAUCAGAUUGA